AUGUCGUCUACACAACCCUUGCUUGCGCAUGCGCUCGUUACUCCUCUAAGUACGACCAACAGCUCCGCCGUCCCGGUCGGUGCCCUCGCAGUAAUCGAAUGGUGCAUAUUUGAUGGCUAUACACACAAAGACGUUGUGAGCAUGUACAACGGCGCUGGCUAUGGCAGCGUCAGCACCAAAUACGGUAUAUCGUAUCAGGUGAGGAGGUGGGGCCCAGUGUGGUAUCAAGAGCAAGGCGCUGUUAGACCAUGGGAGCUCUACACGAAGAUUGAGAAGGCAGAGUUCAAAGAAAGAGGACUGAGCGGUGGAGACUUCAAGUUUGUGCAUCCACGGGAGCUGGAUGUAGUGAAUGGAGUUGUACACGUGCGAGGACAGCCGCGAGGACAAAAAGAAAAGCGACAGGAAGCAGCAAGACGGAGGUCUCAGGGUACGGUUGCGAAGAAUCCGGUACAACCCGGUCAUUCACCCAAUUCAACUCCGCCACCGGCUAUACCUGAGCACCUCCGGAUCGCGAUCAAGGCCAAGCACGACGAGUGGCUGAGGGCGAAUGAAAGGGGAGAGACAGAAAUGGCGGAUCUAGUUGAACAAAAGUUGGAAAGCCUCGAGCGACAAGCAAUGAAGGUCAGCCUGCCGGGGUUCUUGGCGUGGAAGUUCGGACCAGAGCAUAUCGGCGCCGCGCAACACUCCGGUGUAGGUGACGACAGAAGAGCUCCACAACAUCCAAGCAUCGCAGAAGACACACGACAGCAAGCCGCUACAUCAAUUCAACCGAAAGAGUCUGCAAGUGUGAUCAUGUCAUCCACAGAUAACCCUACAGAAGAGGUUGACGCCUCAGCGCGGAUGUCAACCACAGCACGGAAGCGUCGGUUGAAUGAGCCAUAUGUCGCCGCGGACGUCCCACUGCUACCUACAAAUACCGCUUCCAACACGGAUGAGCCCAGCGGGCCUAAUGACAACAAGGACGCGAACUGUCCGUCCAAGAAAAAGCGCAAAACGAAGUCGAACUCACUGGGUGCGCACGCCAAAGUUGCUGCGAAAGAAAUACCUAGCGAUGAAGAGAUCAAAGCCUUCAUAGAGGGCCUGGCAGCUAUCGAAGACUGGACUUCUCAGGUAGUUGACACUAAGUAUAUACAACUGGUGCAAUGGUACGACGUCGAAGGCAUCUCGAUGAAACAGUGCGGCACCAAAUGGGUAGAAGAAGGAUAUGCAGAAGGACGCGCAGACCCGAAAAAGCAGAAGACUGAGGUUACUGAAUCAGGGAUGUGGAAGCACUACGGCAGCCACGGGAGAAAGUUCCUCGAGGAGAAAGGUCUCGUGUGGGUAUCUCCAUCGGCGCGGAAGGCUUACAAGAAAAGAGUUAGCGACGUCGACCAGUCCAGAAAGACAAUCCCAGACAAGACAGUUCCACACAAGACGAUUUCACCCAAGACAGUCUCAGAUCGGACGGAGCGCAUACCAUCACCUGGUAUAGAAGAGGGAGAGCCGCUGACGAUUGCUAGCCAUACCAACGUGCUUGAGAGCAGUGAACACAUGGCCGACGAACCAGUGCCCAGUAUUCAGCGAUACACCACACCGCAGCCGCAAGAGGAGGCCGCACGAGAUCUUACGGAGGCUGCGAUGCCUAAGCCAGAAGACUAUCGUGUAGGCUUGCAUCGUGGAGAGGAUCAGGAGUUGAUGUUCCUUCUCUCGAGGAAAGUGAAGGCAGAGUCGAGACCAAGCGACCUCAUUUGUGACUUUGAGAAAAAAGGGAAGAGCCUUGCCGCCGCGAAAUCAAGAGAGGUAACGAGCGAUCCAGAGGCCGAGGCUGCAGAGGUCGUACGCUACAAGACCAGUCGAGCAACCGAAGAUGUUCUGAGCUUUAAGCGGAAGACCGGUGACGUGCGCCGCGGACAUCCCACUCGACCUGUUCUGAGCCGAAAGCAAGCCAUCGAGCACUGCACCUUUAUAAGGGACGCCAUUCAAAACGAUCCGACCGUCGAUACGAUCGAGUACGGAGAAGACAUAGAUGCCGAUACUAUCGCCCGCUUCGUCGCGUGCAUCUCGCCCGACAUCCGAGCGGCCCUGCCCACACACGAUGUUGUCGGAUUGGUCAACGCGGGUCACCCGGACACACGGACUACGGAGAUCCAGUGGUCCAUGCGAGAACUUGAAGACCUAUACGUUUUCGCCCACACGAUGGGCGCACUUGCGGUGUGCGACAUGAUCAUCGAUAGAGUAUAUGAGGAGCUGCACCGUACCCAGCAGCGCCUGAUUCGCACCAUCGAUGGUACGAUGGAGAAAUUCGGAUUCCGCCGCAUGAGCCCAGCGUUCAUGAAUCUUCUAUCGGAGAAUGACACGCGAGCUUUCAAUUUCUUUGUCUAUGCUUUGGCCAUGAAGGCCGAAGAUACCCUGGAAUUGCUGAGAAUAUCCAGGCUCGAUAGUUGGUACCAUGAAUCUAAGCAGGCGUUGAUGACAAAGCUGGAAAUAAUUUGGGCAUCGGGAGCUAGCAAAAGCGAGUCGGCAGCGAUAUGUCCGACAUACCAUCACCAUUGGAGCCCAGCGACAGAAUGUUACAAGUCUGCAGUGUCCACGGCGCCCUUGAUAUCGAAAUCCAACGCUGCAAAGCAAUCGGCCGCCACGUCCCGUACGCUCCAGAAGCGACCUGAGCCCUACCAGCGCAAAGAUCGCAAGGCCGAGGAAAAGAAGGAGGCCUGGGCCAAGAAGGUGGCAUUCCAGAAGAUCGAUCGCGAGGCCAACGGAGCGCGUGGACAUGGACCGGCGCAAUUGAAAGCCGAGCAGGCCAGGCUUCAGAAGGUUCAGCAAGAGCUCCACGACGAAGACAAAGAGUACAACGAUUCCUCCGACUCCUCACACUCGUCAGACGACGAAGACGUCAAUGUGAUCUUUGUGCAACUUCCUCGGGUAUACAGCAGAGCUCGCGAUCUCUUCCGAAACAGCCCUGGAUCAUAUGCUGAACCAUCCCAAUACACUGUGAUUGCGUCUGAUCUGACGCAUGCGAGAUUCGCUGCCCGAAGCGGAGGUGGGCUGAACUAUUCCGGCGAGGGUAUGAAUCUUUCCAAGGACACGGCGGAGAUUCAGCGGAAGAAAGUAGCGAUCGUGGAGGGUCAACUGCAGAUGUUUCGCGACAGCGGUUACGACCCUGACAAUCUGCAGGGCUCAGGCCAAUUGCGCGCCAUGUCUCAGAGGGCGAGUGAAGACGGGGAGAUGAUCGAUGGAGACGAGAGCGACGACGAGGACUAG